AUGACGCCCAGCCCUGCCAGUGCCACUCCCAGCCAGCGCCGCUGGGUCUCCUCGGCCACCAGCGCCAACGACUCCUUCGAGAUACGGCCGGCCUCCAAGCCCGACAUGGACACGAUUCCCGCGGGGGACCUGCAGGCCCGGGCCCUGGCCAGUCUCCGUGUGAACUCCCGCAACUCCUUCGUGUUCGUCCCCAAGCGCAAGGCCACCGGGGCCCCUCCGCCCCAAGGGAGGCGGCCUGUGCGGCUGCCAGAGGGAGAGGCCGUCAGGGCCUCCCAGCGCCCUCAGCGCGGAGCCCAGCCGGUGCCUGGAGCUGACGGUGCACCUGUGGGAGAGAGGAGCCCCUUGGGGGUCCAGGAGGGGGCCUGCCCCAGGCCAGCCACUGCCCUAGUGGACCAGGCUGUCAGGUGGCAGAGGCCAUCCUCGCCGCCCCCAUCCCUCCCGGCAGCCGCCGAAGCUGAGCCUUCCCAGGGCUUCGGGGUGUCCGGCUUGGCCAAGAAUGGCGGGGAGCCCGGAAGGCCAGGGCUGCCCGUCACCUUCAUCGAUGAGGUGGACUCGGAGGAUGAGGUCCCCCAAGAAGCCAAACUGCCCUGCUCCGGGGCCAGGGGGCCUCCCCGGUACCAUACAUCGGAGCUCCUGCACCAAAGUGGCAACACCUUCACGGUGGUGCCUAAGAGGAAGCCAGGGGUCCUGCCGGCCAAUGGGGAGCCCGGGCCACUGGAGGCUGAGGAAGUGGAGGUGGACCCCCUGUCGGAGCCCCCUGCUGUGCUGGGGACCGGCCUGAAGAAGCGUUACCCCACCGUGCACGAGAUUGAGGUGAUUGGCGGCUACCUGGCCCUGCAGAAGUCCUGCCUCACCAAGGCUGGCUCCUCGAGAAAGAAGAUGAAGAUCUCCUUCAAUGACAAGAGCCUGCACACCACGUUUGAGUACCCGUCCGAGAGCUCCCUGGUGCAGGAGGCCCAGGCGGAGGCCGAGGGCGAGGAGGAGGAAGAGGAGGAGGAGGAGGAGGAGGGCGGCUCCGGCCUGAAUGGGGCAGUGGAGAAGCCCCUGGCGCUCUUCCUGCCCAGAGCCACCUUCGUGCACAGCGUGGUGCCCGACAGCCCUCGCCUGCCAGACGGCAGCUCAGGCCUGUCCAGCUACACUCCAAAGCACUCCAUGGCCUUCAGCAAGUGGCAGGAGCAGCCUUUGGCACAGGCCCCGGGGGAGGUGGAGCCCUCACUGAAGGAGGUCAUGCUCACCCCCGCCAGCCACAACGACCUGUCGGACUUCCGCAGCGAGCCAGCCCUGUAUUUCUGACGCCAGUCCCCCCCGGACGGCCAAGCUCCACCCUCAUUCUGCAGACCCCCUUCUGCCCCACCAGCUCUGCUCCCCCGAAGCCCACUCCUUUC